AUGUUGGUAGUUAACAAGGAUUCUGACGAUGAAGCAGCUCUAGAAGCCUAUGAAUUCCGGUUGGAUCAGUUCUCUUCUGUUGAAGAGGCCUACAAUGAUGGGAUGAGUCGAUUAGAAGCUCUAGUGUCAAGAGUGCAUGAUAUAGUGCCUCCUCAGCUGCCUUUGGGCUCAAUUAAAUUGUCUACUAGCCCUUUUGGCCCUUCAUUAAGUCAGUCCACCAUGACAAGAGAAGGAUAUCAGAGGGCAGUAAGGCAAGCUAAGGAGCAUAUCCUUGCUGAGAGCCAACAUGGUCUUGGACCUGGAGGAAACCACAGGGCUUCCAAGUUCUCUAGUGGAAGCCUUUUUAAUCGUAGUUACAUAGCGAUAUCUGCUGUAGGAACACAACAGGGAAAUGCUCUGAGAACAGAAAUGGAAGUGCACACAACAGUUUCUGGCAUGAAGUUCAACAGAAGGCUCCCCAAGCCUCCAACAGAGAUUGUUCUGCGGGUGAAACAGGGAGAUAAUCCAACCUUUGGGUUCUUGAUGCCUGACAAUUAUCUUCAUGUCUACUUCAGAUACCUUGUCGACCAUCCAAAACUUUUGCAUUUUGACAUUGAUGGAAACUCUCAAAAUGAGAGGGAAAAAGCUGGCAGUGAGCACAAUGAUCUCGACCGCCUUGGAGGUUGA